CAGGAAGUCAACAGGGGAAGUUUAGUGGUUUCUUGCGUCAUUGCUUGCUGCUGCUUGGUUGUGCCGGUGCAGAGUGAAGAGUGCCACAAAGACAGCAUGACCUAGCACAAUGCCUUAAAACACAGCUCAUUAUAUCACAGUAUAUAGCACUGCACAUCACAGAGUGGAACAAUAAAACGUAAUAAAAUGCAAUGAAGAAAACAACACAUUGUUGCAUAUUAACAGUAUAUUGUAAAUGUAUAUGAGCACCUCAUGGUCACGUUACCAUUAACCAAGUUAUACAGAAAAUACAUAUAUCAGACACACAUACACACAGGGCUGAAUGUGCGAGAGGUUGAGGCAGGAGAAAAGAAGAGAUGCGGAGACUCCGGAGAAAAGGAGGGAACAAUGAGAAGGUGUUUGGCUGUGACCUGUUGGACCACUUGUCCACUACCUGUCAGGAGAUUCCCCAGGUGCUGCGAAGCUGCAGUGAAUUCAUUGAGGAGCACGGGGUGGUAGAUGGGAUCUACAGGCUAUCUGGGGUAUCAUCCAACACACAGAAACUAAGGGGUGAGUUUGACAGUGAAGGGACCCCGGAUCUCAAUAAGGAUGUGUACCUGCAGGACAUUCACUGUGUCAGCUCUGUCUGCAAGGCCUACUUCAGAGAGUUACCCAAUCCCCUCCUCACAUACCAGCUCUAUGACAAAUAUGCUGAAGCUGUGGCGAUUCAGUUGGAGGAGGAGAGGCUGGUUAAGAUUAAAGAUGUCCUGAAAGAGUUACCCGCUCCCCAUUACAAAACUCUGGAGUUCCUGAUGCGUCACCUUGUCAAGAUGGCUUCUCAUUCCUCACACACCAAUAUGCAUUCCCGGAACCUCGCCAUUGUUUGGGCUCCGAACCUUCUCAGGUCAAAGGACAUUGAGGCAUCAGGGUUUAACGGUACAGCAGCCUUUAUGGAGGUGAGGGUCCAGUCUAUCGUGGUGGAAUUCAUCCUCACCCACGUGCCCCAGCUGUUUCCUGAUUCAGGUAUUACGGAGCGCCGGAAGUCACUCCCAUCUCCCUCUAUACACAAUCCAGAGGAACCUUUCUUCCGGGCCAUUCCAUUCCAGUUAGGCAACAUCAGCCCAGGGGACGGUCCCCCUGCCAUGCGUUCCUACCACGCCAUCAUAGACGGGACAGACAAGAGGAAGGGAUCUCUUAAGGGCAGGAAGUGGAAGUCCAUCUUCAAUUUAGGAGGCAGACUUCAUGACCCGAGACGGAGGAACAAGAACUCAGCCAAAGAAAAAGAGAGAACUGUCUUGAGGCCAGCGAAGAGCAUGGAUUCCCUGAGCUCUGUGCCCUAUCCGCAUGAAGGUUCCAGACAACGACCCCCUUCCACUGUGAUGUCCCCCCUGGCUCAGCCCUCUCCCUGUACCCAGGGGGGUGCGGAGGGAGGGGCAUCCAGUAGUGGUGGUGAUGUGGGCAGCGGGUAUGCUGUGACCUACCGGAGGGGUCAGGGAGCUAGUGUGAGUGUAGUGAGCGGGGGCGGGGGAACACAGGGCAUAUACAGUCGACUGGACAGUCACUGUGGUGGGGGCAAUAGCACUGAGGCUCUGCAACCCCCAUCCAGAUCCCCAGGACUCUCCAGCAAAGCCGACCGGCGGGCAGGGAUCCACAUCUCCGGACCUUUCUCGGUCACAGUACCCCUUCACAUCACAUCAGGCCUGGCCUUUGGGGUGCUGCAGGGGGGUGGAGCGGACAGGGGCAACCAUAGAGGAGGACAGGAGAGUGGAGAUAAAGGAGAGGGCGGGGAGGGUGACAGACGGAAGGGAAGGGAGGGGGAGAGACAGAAGGGAAGGGAGGGUGACAGACAGGAGGGAGGUGAAGGGGAAAGGCACAUCCGAGUAGAAGUUAUGAGGGAGGACAAGACUGACCUAGGCAAGAGAAGAGAUGAAGAGGUAACAGGGGAGAGGAGAGGUGAGGCAGAGGAAGAUAAAGUUGAAGAAAAAGGGGGAAGAGGAGAAGAGGAGAGAGAAGAGGAAGUGAAUGGGGACUGUGUAUCUAAGCCAUCAGAAGAGAGCAUUGAAGAGAGUCAGGUUCAGGGUAAGGGUGGAGAAGGGGAUGCAGAAAACCAUGACAACGAUGAGGAUGAAGAGGGAGAAUAUAUGGAUAUGAAAGGUUCUGUGCAGAUUGCCCUGGAUGCACCAGAUAUGUCAGGUGUCAGAAAUGAAGUAGUUGCCAUAGAAGUGCCAUUUCCUCUGAUGGAGGAGGACGAUGAACAAGACCAGGACUGUCCACUGGACUUUCAGGAUACUUUUGGAUUCCUGGACCUUAUGGACAGCAGUGUCUCCAGCCAGAUGUUCCAAGAGUUCUCAGUGGAGCCUCAUCAUGGGGAUGAUGAGUAUGAAGACGAGGUGGAGCAUAGAUCCCCUGGACUCUCACAUGACAGACCAGACCCUGUCACACGGCCACCUGUAGACACACAGACACAAAUACAGACACAAACGCCCAUACACAGGCCUCUAAGCAUAGAUCAGUAUGGGCGAGCCAACAAGUCAAUGAGUCUGCCUUACAUGUCCCGUCCCUUCCUGCCUGCUCUGUCUUCCUCCUCCUCCUCUGAAGAAGAGGAGGAUGAAGAAGGGGAUGAUGAUUAUGACAAAGAAGAUGAGGAGGAUGAUGAUGACAUGUUCUGUAAAAGUCUACCAUCUAGUUUGGUGUUCAACAGAUUGACAUGGAGUGGACCUCAGACUGACUUAGAGAACAGUUUGUCCCCAGCCCCUGUGCCCUCACAACCACUGGACGGUGCCUCUGAUGACGGACCAAUUCCUAGUUCUGAGGCCAGAAUGCCCCCUGAGCACUUAGACAUUAAUUCCCCUGACUGCCGUGACCAAUCAGUGGAGGUUUUGAGGCAUAGCAAAGCUGAAGAAAAGAAUAGUCUGGAAGCGAUGAAACUGGUGGAGGAGGAGGAUGCAGAACAGGAUCGAGACAGCCAGGAGAAAGACCAGGCAGACACCCUGACCAAUACUUGCACAGAAAGAUCACCUUCACUUUGCAGCACUGACAUAGAAGAAAGUUGUCACUUGGUUGAAACCAGCAUCAUGGAGGAAGAGGAAACUCCAGAUGACAUUGAGAAGAGUCACGCUUCAGCAUCCGCAUCAACUGACUGUGAGGAGGCCUCACUGCAGACCACUAGAGUUCACCUGAAGCUCAAAGACGAGGAAGAGGUCCUGAAGAGUCAAUGUGCUGAAGAAGGUGUGAUUUCAGAGGGUUAUAAUGGUGAUACAGUGAGCGAAGCCGAGGCAGAAAACCCACAAGAGCAUUUACUCACGGCCUGUCAUAUUGUUUCCUGUGCUGAAGAGCCAGAGAACAUAGUCAAUGAGCGAUCAGAGGAAGUUUCUAGAGAUUCAGCUGGGGAUGUAAAAGAGCAUCCUGAAAAAAGUGCUAAGAGGGAUAGAGCAGGAGAGAAGGAAAAUGGAGAGGAGAUGAAGGUAGAGGGAGAGAUGGAGGAAAGAGAUGACAGAAACGAGGGAGGAUGGGACAAACAAGAGGGAGAAGAAACAGCAUGCAAGAGCGAGGGAGAUAUGGGCAAAGGAGAGGAGAGAGAGGUAUUAAAGGAAUUGGAUAAAACAGAGGAAAAGGAUGUGGAGGUUUGGGUGGGAGUGGAGGAGAAGGAACAAGGAGGAAUGAUUGAAGAAGAGGAUGACAGGAUAGCAGGUGAUGAAAGGGAAGUAGGAGAAGAGGACACAAAGCAGGAAGAGGUCAUUUAUGAAGAGAUGAUGAGCAUAGUAGCGAGGGAUGACAUGAUGGAAAGUGGAGAGAGGAAGGAUAGGGAAAGAGAGACUGAGGGAAGUACAUUUAUAGAGGAGGUGAUAGAAACCAAAGAAGAUGGAGAGAUGAUUGGAGUACAACAGAAAGAGAUCAUGAAAGAGAUAGAUGAGAGUAAGGCAAGUGAAGAGAUGAGUGCAAAAGAAGAGGCGAAGAGAGCGGUGGAAGGAGUGGAUACCAUGGGAGAGACUGAGGAAGAGGCAGCUGAAGAGAGGGUGGAAGGAUUGGAUACCAUGGGAGAGACUGAGGAAACGGCAGCUGAAGAGAGGGUGGAAGGUGUGGAUACCAUGGGAGAGACUGAGGAAAAGGCAGCUGAAGAGAGGGUGGAAGGUGUGGAUACCAUGGGAGAGACUGAGGAAAAGGCAGCUGAAGAGAGGGUGGAAGGUGUGGAUACCAUGGGAGAGACUGAGGAAGAGAAAGCUGAAGAGAGGGUGGAAAAGAUAUCGAUUGAUAAUGAGAAACAGGACCUAGAGGCACAGCACAUUUUAGAGAGAAGACAAAGAGAUGUAGAUGUUAUAAACGAUGUUGUGGCAGAGGGAUAUGAGGAGAGAGAGAAAGAGAUGGAAGUGGGAGAUGUAAUCACGGAGGAAGAAGGAGAUAGUAUACUUGUGGUCCAACAGGAGAUAGAUGAGAAGAAGAAGAAGAAAAAGAAGAAGAAAGGAGAGACGAAAGAGCAACUAAAGACACCAACAAUAGAGGAAAGAGAAGAAGAACUGAAAGACAUCAAGAUAAACAGCAAAAAAAAAUGUGAGGGAGAAAACGAAGCGAUGGAUAGUAAAGUGGGGUCUGAAAAAGGGGCGGGGAGAGUGCUGGUCGUGUCUAAACAACAAACACCCCCUAAAGUGUAUCAAGCAAGAUCAGUGCCAGUGGUACCACCCAAGCCACAUCACUGCCGAAUAACUGCACUGAACCUCAGACAACAGCAGCACCAGAGGGAGAGGACAGAGACAGACAGAGACAGUGGAAAGGGAAAGGUACACAGGACUUUGGGACAGCAAGAUAAGGAGAGAAAGAUGGAAGGAAAGCCAGAGCAUGACAAAGUCAGCGAGACAGAACGAGGGUGGAAUGAGGAUGGGGAAGAUGAGGGCAGAGGCAAAAAGGAGUCACAGAGUGGGGGGGUGAGGGAGAGGAGGAGAGAUGUGGAUGAGGGGGGAGUGAAAGACAUGAUGAAGAACAGUCCAAUCAGUAUGUGUUUUGAUGAAGCUGUUGCCAUGGGAAUCAAGAGAGGGAGAGAGAAAGAGGGCAGUGAAAGGGAGAAAAAAAAAGAGAGAGGAUAUGAAGUACAAUAAAGAGAAAAAGGUGGACAUAAAAGCCAGUAAAUGUUAUAGUCAUUGACUCUGUCUGGAUGGUUAGAAUACAAACGUAUCAUUUAUAUAUAGUUAUAUUUUCCAUACUGCCUGUAUUAUUCAGCCUGGGCCUAGAACCUCGUCCCACUAAUAUUCAGGGCUACUCAGAAAACUGAUCCUCCGCAGACUCCCCCCCCUCAUCUGUAAAUGUCCUCAUUUUUGUUGCUAUUUUCAACCUAUUAAACUAACUUACAAUUUUAACAUGGUUUCAAUCUACGAACAGUUGUAAAACUUACACCCAAGUAUGUAAAUCUCAGGUAUCACAUCUCAUGCAUAACCAUUGGUAUUGUGAGCAAGAAAAUUGUAUAACUUCUUAUGAGCAAUGUCAUUAUUUGUAUCAAUUCCAUGAACCAAUGCAUUUUCUGUUUUUAAUUCGUUUUUGUGAAUAAAUUUAUUCUGCAGACAAAAA